AUGGAGAAGACAGACGCCAAAGACCAGUCCUCUCAGGGGGAUGAAGAGAAAGACCCUCCAAAGAGCCACCCCUACUCCGUGGAGACCCCAUAUGGCUUCCAUUUAGACCUGGACUUCCUCAAGUAUGUGGAUGACAUCGAGAAGGGAAACACCAUCAAAAGGAUUCCUAUCCACAGAAGGGCCAAGCAGGCCAAGUUUAGCACUUUGCCCCGAAACUUUAGCCUUCCCGACAGCGGGGCUCGCCCCCAUGCUGCUCUUUCCCACCCGAACUGGCCCCCAGUGGUGCCAAGUAAGGUGUCGCUCGGGACAGGGGCGCGAGCCCAGCCACUGCCGCUCGGUGAUCACCCCCAAGCCGCCGGCGGGAGCGAGGCGAGCUACCACCGGAAGGCCCUGCUGACGGAGACCGCCAGACAGCUGGAGGCUGAGGUCGCCUCCGGGAGUGGACGGCCCCAGCUCUUGAGAGCAUCCAGCAUGCCAGCCACGCUGCUGCAAAACAGGGCCUCAGAGGACCCAAGCCUAAACUCAGGGCCCCCUACCCCGCCCGCCCUCCCCCCACUUCAGGGCGAAGGCGGCGUCUGUGAUGGCGCCUUUGGCCCCGCGGAAGGCUUUGCAGGUUUUUCCAACUCCACCCAGCGAGCAGCAGCCCAACAAGAAGUCAGAGAGUCUGGAGACCUGGUGCCAGGAACACCGGAGCUGAUCCUGAAGGGGCCUGAACCUCCAGAGGGUGAAGAAGGGGCUGCAAAUCGCCUCCCUUUCUCAAGUCCUCCUUUCUCAUCACUUGUAGUUCUAGAGGAUGCAGAAGACCGACAGGAAAGCAGACAAGCCGAGGUGGCGGUCACGACCCCCAGCUCCCCAACACCAAGCCCCCCACCUCUGCCGUCACCCGUCCCUGAGAAUGAGCUCCCCCUAGAAGAAAUCGAGCUCAACAUCAUCGAGAUCCCACCGCCGCCACCUGCAGAAGUAGACGUGAGAAGCGUCGGCAUCCGGGUCACGGAGGAAAGCCUGGGCCUCACCUCCGUGGAUCCUGGCAGCAUCUCCAGCCUGAAGCAGCAGCUCUCGGGCCUUGAGGGUGAGUUGUCUGGAAGAACUGAGGAACUAGCCCAAGUCAGAGCUGCCCUCCAGCGGCAGGAGGAGGAAAUCAAGGCUAGGGGGCAGAGGAUUCGAGAGCUAGAGCGCACUGUAGCUCAACUGACAGAGAAGCUUAGCCACGAGAACACCAAAGAUGCUCAGGGCCAGACUGAUGCCAUGGUCAACACUGACCCUCUGCACGGACUCUUGACCAGGGAGUCAUGUGACAAGAGCAUUGGGGUCAACCUUAUGGGCAGCACAAGACCUGAAAGCUGGGGGGCCUGGGGAAAGGGGAAUGGCGUCCUGUGGAGGCAGGAGAGUCACACAUGGGGGGAUUGGAGCCCAGCAGAAUUUGUGUCACCGUCCCAGCUGUCACUGCCACAGGGAUCCAAGAUGGUCCUCACCCCCUCUUUACAUAGCUGCCUCUCCACUGAGCUCAGGAUCGACGAAGGACGCUCUGACCAGGAGGGAGGCCAUCAGGUGGGAGCCGAGGGUCCAGUCAGGGGAGCAAGAGGCUCUCCAAGGAGCAGCGAGAGAAAGGCUCCCCCAGCAGGGAGGAAGGAGGCUGGCUCAGAGCUCCCAGGGAAGGAUCGCCCAGGAAGGCCACCGAGCUCGCCCACCACCGAUGCCACUAUUGGGCAGUACAUUAAGAAGAUCCAGGAGCUCCUGCAGGAGCAGUGGAGCUGCCUGGAGCAUGGGUACCCGGAGCUGGCCCGUGCCAUCAAGCAGCCCGCCUCCAAGCUCAGCAGCAUCCAGACCCAGCUACAGAGCUCCCUCAACCUGCUGCUGUCCGCCUACUCGGCCCAUGCUCCACCCCAGAAGGAGCCCCCGGGCCCCUGUUCCUCCCCGCCGACUGAGAUCUCCCCGUCGACCAGCCUUAAAUCCAUAAUGAAAAAGAAAGAGUAUGGCUUCCGUGCAGGAGGUAAUGGGACCAAAAAGAACCUUCAGUUUGUUGGGGUUAACGGUGGCUAUGAGACCACCUCGAGUGAGGAGACCAGCAGUGAGGACACCUCCCCAGAAGACUUGUCUGACAGCGAGGCUGAGAAGAAAUGUGAUGGCCCAGAAUCUAGGCGGGGCAAGGAUGCCCACCUCAGCUACAAGGCGGGGCAGGGCAUUCCCGAGGGCACCCGUGACACGGACCAGGAAAGCGGGCCUGGGGAAGAGCUUCCCCAUCCCAAGGCUGAGAGAUAUAAACCCUCAGAGGAAUUCCUUAAUGCAUGCCGGGCAUUGAACCAACAUCUGCCAGAAACUGGAUCGACCACUGACCAGCUCUUGAAGCAGAGCUUAAAUACCAUCAGUCAAGAGUGGUUCCGGGUCUCCAGCCGGAAGUCAUCCAGCCCUGCUGUGGUGGCCACCUACCUCCGCGGGGUCCAGCCUCACUCCCCACACUUGCUAAAGCUGCUUGUCAACCUGGCUGAUGGCAAUGGCAACACAGCUCUUCACUACAGCGUAUCCCACUCCAGCUUCUCCAUCGUGAGGCUGCUGCUGGAAACAGGCGUCUGCAAUGUGGACCAUCAGAACAAAGCUGGCUACACCGCCGUGAUGAUCACGCCCCUGGCUUCUGCAGAGACCGAUGAAGACAUGGCUGUUGUCUGGAAGCUCUUACGAGAAGGAGAUGUGAAUAUCCAAGCUACUCAGGGAGGCCAGACUGCGCUGAUGCUGGGAGUCAGCCACGACAGGGAGGACAUGGUCCAAGCGCUACUGAGCUGCCAGGCAGAUGUCAACCUACAGGACCAUGAUGGAUCGUCAGCCCUCAUGCUGGCCUGUCGCCAUGGCAACGUCGACAUGGUCCGGCUGCUCCUGGCACACCCGGCCUGUGACAGCAGCCUGACUGACAAGGCUGGCCGAACAGCUUUGUCUAUCGUUCUGAAAUCGCCCGCCCAUGUGGAAAUUGCAGGGCUGCUACGGGCCCACGCGAAGCAGGGCAGGUCCCUGGGACCGUAG